AUGAGAAUCAGCCAUCCGCACAGUCUUCGUAAAGAGAACCAGAGUGAGGGCCAGCGCCACCAGCUGGCUGGCCAGAGCCUCUCCAGCCGUCUCCAGCCGUCUCCAGCCGUCUCCAGCGGAUCAGCGUUAGGCCUUAUGCAGUGCAUUCAUGUAUUCCAGAAAGUGUCAUCAUGGCUUACCGUAAAGUGAUUUCUUCCUCGUUGUCCAAGCGGCAAAAUGUGCCACUAUGUACUUGAAAUCAAGUCCAAAUCAAAUUGUAUUGGUCACAUACACGUGUUUAGCAGAUGUUAUUGCGGGUGUAGCGAAACGCUUGUGCUUCUAGCUCCGACAGUGCAGUAAUAUCUAACAAGUAAUAUCUAACAAUUUCACAACAUAUACCCAAUACACACAAAUCUAAGUAAGGAAUGGAAUUAAGAAUAUAUACAUAUAUGGACAAGCAAUGACAGAGCGGCAUGGUCUAAGAUACAGUAGAAUAUUAUAGAAUAGAAUGCAGUAUAUACAUAUGAGAUGAGUAGUGCAAGAUAUGGAAACAUUAUUAAAGUGACUAGUGUUCCAUUUCUUAAAGUGGCCAGUGAUUUCAAUAGGCAGCAGCAGCCUCUAAUGUGCUAGUGAUGGCUAUUUAACAGUCUGAUGGCCUUGAGAUAGAAGCUGUUUUUCAGUCUCUCGGUCCCAGCUUUGAUGCACCUGUUCUGACCUCGCCUUCUGGAUGAUAGCGGGGUGAAUAGGCAGUGGCUCGGUUGGUUGUUGUCCUUGAUGAUCUUUUUGGCCUUCCUGUGACAUCGGGUGCUGUAGGUGUCUUGGAGGGAGGAUAGUUUGUCCCUGGUAAUGCGUUGUGCAGACCGCACCACCCUGUGGAGAGCCCUGCGGUUGCGGGCGGUGCAGUUGCCGUACCAGGCGGUGAUACAGCCCGACAGGAAGCUCUCAAUUGUGCAUCUGUAAAAGUUUGUGAGGAUUUUAGGUGCCAAGCCAAAUUUCUUUAGUCUCCUGAGGUUGAAGUGGCUCUGUUGCGCCUUCUUCACCACAUGGUUUGUGUGGGUGGACCAUUUCAGUUUGUCAGUGAUGUGUAUGCCGAGGAACUUGAAGCUUUCCACCUUCUCCACUGCGGUCCCGUCGAUGUGGAUAGGGGGGUGCACCCACUGCUGUUUCCUGAAGUCCACGAUCAUCUCCUUUGUUUUGUUGAUGUUGAGUGAGAGGUUAUUUUCCUGGCACCACACUCCCAGAGCCCUCACCUCCUCCCUGUAGGCUGUCUCGUCAUUGUUGGUAAUCAAGCCUACUACUGUUGUGUCGUCUGCAACUUAAUGAUUGAGUUGGAGGUGUGCUUGGCCACGCAGCCGUGGGUGAACAGGGAGUACAGGAGUGCCCUGAGUCCAUCAUUCUCAGGAGCCAUGAGAGUCAAAUGGUUGUGUUUCCUGUCCCAUCGUUGAGCUCAGUCUGUUUUUGACAAGAGCCAGCUUUGAAAAGGACCGCUCCACUGAUGCAUUGGUAACAGGUAAAGUCAAGAAUAUUCACAAGGCAAUGUGAACAUUGGGAAAGACUGCUUGUAGAUUCCCGUCUCAACAUGUGAAGCAAUGCCCUGGCAGAUGUUUCCUCUCACUCUUUAAAAAAAAAAAAAAAUUAUUUAAAUUGGACGAUCUCAUCUGGAAAAUCAUGUUGCAAGUCAGAUUGAUAUUUCCUCUGAAGGUUGAGUGCAGAUGAAUGUAUUUGUUGUGAGGAAAGUGAAGGCGUAUUGUUUAAAAAUCCAAAGCAGUUGUUUAGCACUUUGUAUGACUCAUGCCACCUUUCUAACUCUGCGAUAAGUGUGUCAGUCAUAACAGUGAACACACUGACAGCACAUUUCUGCUGACCUGUCAGUGAUAAACCACAGUCAGGCUCCGCCUCUCACGACUCAGCGUGUUUGUUUCCUGUCACGACUCGGCGUGUUUGUUUCCUCUCACGACUCAGCGUGUUUGUUUCCUGUCACGACUCGGCGUGUUUGUUUCCUGUCACGACUCGGCGUGUUUGUUUCCUGUCACGACUCAGCGUGUUUGUUUCCUGUCACGACUCGGCGUGUUUGUUUCCUGUCACGACAGCGUGUUUGUUUCCUGUCACGACUCAGCGUGUUUGUUGCCUCUUCUCUGUCAUUGCGUGUCAGGUUUGUAAAGCGCUGAAACGCGACAUGUCCUUUUGCCUCAGAGCUAUCAAACUGAUCCCAGAGCCCAGUCACAACAUCUCUCAAGGAGGCCACCAAACUGAUCCCAGAGCCCGGUCACAACAUCUCUCAAGGAGGCCACCAAACUGAUCCCAGAGCCCAGGCACAACAUAUCUCAAGGAGGCCACCAAACUGAUCCCAGAGCCCAGGCACAAAAUCCCUCAAGGUUUAAUGACAGGACUCUAGGUGUUGUAUCAGAGGUGGCCUUUAUGAUUAGACCUAGGCUCUCUCCCAGGUUUAAUGACAGGACUCUAGGUGUUGUAUCAGAGGUGGCCUUUAUGAUUAGACCUAGGCUCUCUCCCAGGUUUAAUGACAGGACUCUAGGUGUUGUAUCAGAGGUGGCCUUUAUGAUUAGACCUAGGCUCUCUCCCAGGUUUAAUGACAGGACUCUAGGUGUUGUAUCAGAGGUGGCCUUUAUGAUUAGACCUCUCUCCCAGGUUUAAUGACAGGACUCUAGGUGUUGUAUCAGAGGUGGCCUUUAUGAUUAGACCUAGGCUCUCUCCCAGGUUUAAUGACAGGACUCUAGGUGUUGUAUCAGAGGUGGCCUUUAUGAUUAGACCAAGGCUCUCUCCCAGGUUUAAUGACAGGACUCUAGGUGUUGUAUCAGAGGUGGCCUUUAUGAUUAGACCUCUCUCCCAUGUUUAAUGACAGGACUCUAGGUGUUGUAUCAGAGGUGGCCUUUAUGAUUAGACCUAGGCUCUCUCCCAGGUUUAAUGACAGGACUCUAGGUGUUGUAUCAGAGGUGGCCUUUAUGAUUAGACCUCUCUCCCAGGUUUAAUGACAGGACUCUAGGUGUUGUAUCAGAGGUGGCCUUUAUGAUUAGAUCUAGGCUCUCUCCCAGGUUUAAUGACAGGACUCUAGGUGUUGUAUCAGAGGUGGCCUUUAUGAUUAGACCUAGGCUCUCUCCCAGGUUUAAUGACAGGACUCUAGGUGUUGUAUCAGAGGUGGCCUUUAUGAUUAGACCUCUCUCCCAGGUUUAAUGACAGGACUCUAGGUGUUGUACAGUGGGGAAAAAAAGUAUUUAGUCAGCCACCAAUUGUGCAUGUUCUCCCACUUAAAAAGAUGAGAGAGGCCUGUAAUUUUCAUCAUAGGUACACGUCAACUAUGACAGACAAAAUGAGAAAAAGAAAUCCAGAAAAUCACAUUGUAGGAUUUUUAAUGAAUUUAUUUGCAAAUUAUGGUGGAAAAUAAGUAUUUGGUCAAUAACAAAAGUUUCUCAAUACUUUGUUAUAUACCCUUUGUUGGCAAUGACACAGGUCAAACGUUUUCUGUAAGUCUUCACAAGGUUUUCACACACUGUUGCUGGUAUUUUGGCCCAUUCCUCCAUGCAGAUCUCCUCUAGAGCAGUGAUGUUUUGGGGCUGUCGCUGGGCAACACGGACUUUCAACUCCCUCCAAAGAUUUUCUAUGGGGAUGAGAUCUGGAGACUGGCUAGGCCACUCCAGGACCUUGAAAUGCUUCUUACGAAGCCACUCCUUCGUUGCCCGGGCGGUGUGUUUGGAAUUAUUGUCAUGCUGAAAGACCCAGCCACGUUUCAUCUUCAAUGCCCUUGCUGAUGGAAGGAGGUUUUCACUCAAAAUCUCACGAUACAUGGCCCCAUUCAUUCUUUCCUUUACACGGAUCAGUCAUCCUGGUCCCUUUGCAGAAAAACAGCCCCAAAGCAUGAUGUUUCCACCCCCAUGCUUCACAGUAGGUAUGGUGUUCUUUGAAUGCAACUCAGCAUUCUUUGUCCUCCAAACACGACGAGUUGAGUUUUUACCAAAAAGUUAUAUUUUGGUUUCAUCUGACCAUAUGACAUUCUCCCAAUCCUCUUCUGGAUCAUCCAAAUGCACUCUAGCAAACUUCAGACGGGCCUGGACAUGUACUGGCUUAAGCAGGGGGACACGUCUGGCACUGCAGGAUUUGAGUCCCUGGCGGCGUAGUGUGUUACUGAUGGUAGGCUUUGUUACUUUGGUCCCAGCUCUCUGCAGGUCAUUCACUAGGUCCCCCCGUGUGGUUCUGGGAUUUUUGCUCACCGUUCUUGUGAUCAUUUUGACCCACGGGGUGAGAUCUUGCGUGGAGCCCCAGAUCGAGGGAGAUUAUCAGUGGUCUUGUAUGUCUUCCAUUUCCUAAUAAUUGCUCCCACAGUUGAUUUCUUCAAACCAAGCUGCUUACCUAUUGCAGAUUCAGUCUUCCCAGCCUGGUGCAGGUCUACAAUUUUGUUUCAGGUGUCCUUUGACAGCUCUUUGGUCUUGGCCAUAGUGGAGUUUGGAGUGUGACUGUUUGAGGUUGUGGACAGGUGUCUUUUAUACUGAUAACAAGUUCAAACAGGUGCCAUUAAUACAGGUAACGAGUGGAGGACAGAGGAGCCUCUUAAAGAAGAAGUUACAGGUCUGUGAGAGCCAGAAAUCUUGCUUCUUUGUAGGUGACCAAAUACUUAUUUUCCACCAUAAUUUGCAAAUAAAUUCAUUAAAAAUCCUACAAUGUGAUUUUCUGGAUUUUUUCUUCUCAAUUUGUCUGUCAUAGUUGACGUGUACCUAUGAUGAAAAUUACAGGCCUCUCUCAUCUUUUUAAGUGGGAGAACUUGCACAAUUGGUGGCUGACUAAAUACUUUUUUCCCCACUGUAUCAGAGGUGGCCUUUAGACCUCUCUCCCAGGUUUAAUGACAGGACUCUAGGUGUUGUAUCAGAGGUGGCCUUUAUGAUUAGACCUCUCUCCCAGGUUUAAUGACAGGACUCUAGGUGUUGUAUCAGAGGUGGCCUUUAUGAUUAGACCUAGGCUCUCUCCCAGGUUUAAUGACAGGACUCUAGGUGUUGUAUCAGAGGUGGCCUGGCCCUUUAUGAUUAGACCUAGGCUCUCUCCCAGGUUUAAUGACAGGACUCUAGGUGUUGUAUCAGAGGUGGCCUUUAUGAUUAGACCUAGGCUCUCUCCCAGUUCCUCUUUCCUCCAUUCCUCAUGUCCCGACUCUUCGUCUCCUCAAAAUGCAUUGGAAAAAAAGAUCCAAGGUCCCUGUCCUCUCCCCUCUGACCUUUUCUUUCAACAAGUUUUGAGAAGGAGGUGAGGAGAGAGGAUGAGAGGAAUCAAGGAAAUAUGAAUUGGGAAAAUAACCCUUUUAAGAAAGAACCUCAGGGAGGGGAGACAGUGACACAGUGACCCUAAACAGGCAGAGUAGGGUGAGAGACCACGUGUCCCACUGUAGAGAGACUUAAGGUUCCUCAGACGACUUCAUUGGAAAUCCCGAGCUAAUCCUGCAGCUCUCUGGGCCUGUCGAGUGGGGGCGGGGUGUGUUAAACGUCUGCUGUCAGGGGGAGUGGCCUACUGUAUAUUGACUGGACGUGGUGUGGCUACUAGUUACUGUCCCUCACGUCUGUCGGUCAGUGGUCUCUGGGUCUGGUCCGGUUGAAGCCUUAGCUCCCAGUGGUCUCUGGGUCUGGUCCGGUUGAAGCCCAGCUCCCAGUGGUCUCUGGGUCUGGUCCGGUUGAAGCCUUAGCUCCCAGUGGUCUCUGGGUCUGCUCCGGUUGAAGCCCAGCUCCCAGUGGUCUCUGGGUCUGGUCUGGUUGAAGCCUUAGCUCCCAGUGGUCUCUGGGUCUGGUCCGGUUGAAGCCCAGCUCCCAGUGGUCUCUGGGUCUGGUCCGGUUGAAGCCUUAGCUCCCAGUGGUCUCUGGGUCUGGUCCGGUUGAAGCCUUAGCUCCCAGUGGUCUCUGGGUCUGGUCCGGUUGAAGCCUUAGCUCCCAGUGGUUUCUGGGUCUGGUCCGGUUGAAGCCUUAGCUCCCAGUGGUCUCUGGGUCUGGUCCGGUUGAAGCCUUAGCUCCCAGUGGUCUCUGGGUCUGGUCCGGUUGAAGCCCAGCUCCCAGUGGUUUCUGGGUCUGGUCCGGUUGAAGCCUUAGCUCCCAGUGGUCUCUGGGUCUGGUCCGGUUGAAGCCCAGCUCCCACAUGAAGGCCUCCUGGCUCCAGAGGACUGUCCGCUGGAUAGUCCGCUUGAUGUCCAUACGGCGGAAGAGCCGUAGGCAAGUAUUAAUAGACGUUGAUGUGGGGUGUGUGUGUGUGAGUGUGUGUUUGUUUGGUUCUGUCAGCUUGUUGUCAUUGGUCAAUUCCAUGUGGAGGGUAGGCCUGUGUUUAUUUGGUCAGCUGGCGUGUGUGUGUGUGUGUGUGUGUGUGUUGUGUGAGUGUGUGUUUUCCAUAGCAGAGGCACUUUUGAUAGAGGCUGGGUGUGUGUGUGUGUGUGUGUGUGUGUUUUCCAUAGCAGAGGCACUUUUGAUAGAGGCUGGGUGUGCGUGUGUGUGUUUUCCAUAGCAGAGGCACUUUUGAUAGAGGCUGGGUGUGUGUGUGUGUGUGUGUGUGUGUGUGUGUGUGUGUGUUUUCCAUAGCAGAGGCACUUUUGAUAGAGGCUGGUUGUGUGUGUGUGUGUGUGUUUUCCAUAGCAGAGGCACUUUUGAUAGAGGCUGUGUGUGUGUGUGUGUGUGUGGUGUGUGUGUGUGUGUGUGUGUGUGUGUGUGUUUUCCAUAGCAGAGGCACUUUUGAUAGAGGCUGGGGGUGUGUGUGUGUGUGUGUGUGUGUGUGUGUGUGUGUGUGUGUGUUUUCCAUAGCAGAGGCACUUUUGAUAGAGGCUGGGGGUGUGUGUGUGUGUGUGUGUGUGUGUGUGUGUGUUUUCCAUAGCAGAGGCACUUUUGAUAGAGGCUGGUUGUGUGUGUGUGUGUGUGUGUGUGUGUUUUCCAUAGCAGAGGCACUUUUGAUAGAGGCUGGUUGUGUGUGUGUGUGUGUGUGUGUGGUGUGUGUGUGUGUGUGUGUGUGUGUGUGUGUGUUUUCCAUAGCAGAGGCACUUUUGAUAGAGGCUGGGUGUGUUUUUUUUUAAAGAAUGAUGACUGGGUGACUUUUAUGCAAUUUGGCUAUUUUUAUAAGGUGACACAGGGAAGCUCUUUCUGAGUAGAAAGGGUGAAUUUAGGAUCUAGGCCUAUUCAUUGGAAGGCAAUUAAUGAUAGAAUGAUGGCGGACAGUUCUACUAUCAACCUCACUUAAGGAAUGACUCAAGGUGUUAUAAUAUUAUAAUAAUAAUAAUAAUAAUAAUAUGCCAUUUAGCAGACGCUUUUAUCCAAAGCGACUUACAGUCAUGUGUGCAUACAUUUUUACGUAUGGGUGGUCCCGGGGAUCGAACCCACUACCUUGGCGUUACAAGCGCCGUGCUCUACCAACUGAGCUACAUUUUACAUUUUAGUCAUUUAUCUUAUCUUAUCCAGAGCGACUUACAUGAGCAAUUAGGGUUAAGUGCCUUGCUUAAGGGCACAUCGACAGAUUUUUCACCUAGUCGGCUCGGGGAUUAGAACCAGCGACCUUUCGGUUACUGGCACAACGCUCUUACCCACUAAGCUACCUGCCGCCCCUAGCUACAGAGAUAGAUGUCAUUGGUAGCUGAUAGGUCUGUUGUUUACUCCGCCUCCCUCACUGUCUGUGUACAUCAUAGAGUUACCCGGCUGCUCAACUGGAUUAUGGACAGAGAGAGCUGACUCACCUAAUCUGUGGUAAUAUCCCUGUAGCGUUAGCCCUGAGCAGCCCCGAGGUAGACUAGGGGACCUGGCCUGCUGGCUAAACACCACAACCAGCAGCAUCUGAAGUGACAGGGUGAGGUGGGGGUAUGAGUGGUACCUACCCACAGUGCCUGUCUGCCUGCCUGACAAUGCGUUAGGCUAAUAUCAGACGAUUCGUCAUGUCUGUGUGGAGACUGUCGUUUUGAAUGUUCAAUGCUUUUUUAUGUAUUUAUUUGUUUUAUUUCACCUUUAUUUAACCAGGUAAGCCAGUUGAGAACAAGUUCUCAUUUACAACUGCGACCUGGCCAAGAUAAAGCAAAGCAGUGCGAUAAAAACAACAACACAGAGUUACAUAUGGGGUAAAACAAAACAAAGUCAAAAAUACAAUAGAAAAUCUAUAUACAGUGUGUGCAAAUGUAGCAAGUUAUGGAGGUAAGGCAAUAAAUAGGCCAUAGUGCAAAAUAAUUACAAUUAGUAUUAACACUGGAAUGCUAGAUGUGCAAGAGAUGAUGUGCAAAUAGAGAUACUGGGGUGCAAAAGAGCAAAAUAAAUAACAAUAUGGGGAUGAGGUAGUUGGGUGGGCUAAUUACAGAUGGGCUGUGUACAGGUGCAGUGAUCGGUAAGGUGCUCUGACAAUGCUUCCUCAAUGCUUGCUUUGGAAGUGGCUCAAGCUUUAAAAUGACGUACAUCUUGCUUACUAAUGUGGCUCUCUAUCCUUAUACAAUUGACACGUCAUGAGUCACAUGCCAUAUUUUCGAGUACCCCCAUGUGAAUAUUGUCAUACAAUUCAAUCCCAGUGUCAUCUCUACUAGUAACCCAGCUUCUCUUCGGUGCUUUAGGAAAGUGACGCUGGUGAUGGUAGGACUCGACAACGCUGGGAAGACUGCCACGGUACGCGGGAUCCAGGGAGGUGAGUUGAAUCACUGUUUAUUUUUAUACUCCUGUUAGAAAUGUAUGACGUUGGCCUUCUCCUCACCACUGAACGUGUGUUCUGUUGCGUCACAGAGAGCCCAGAGGACGUGGCCCCUACGGUAGGGUUCUCCAAGGUGGAUCUGAAACAGGGGAAGUUUGAGGUCACCAUCUUUGACCUGGGCGGAGGGAAGAGGAUCAGGUCUUUUCAACUUGGCGAGUCCUCCGCACCUGAGCGCUGGGAUGUUGUGGAGUCACGGCGAGUCGAACGGUUAGGGAGUACUGCGAAGGUAAAACCCCAGGGAGAACUUUUGGAAAGGUAAGUCUUGAAACCUGGGCGAUCAAAAAUGUAGUGUGGUAUUUUGAACUUGUCCUUUUCUUUCACUCAACCUGCCUUGGAUCUUUCUACCUACUGCCCUAGGUGUAUCUUUUUAAGAAAGGUCCUCUUGAAAUGCUUUUGAUUUGGUUGUUCCCCUCCUAAACUUGUUAAUCACUGCCUUAAUCCCCUAUGGAUAAGUCUGCUAAAGGGCUAUGUAAAUGUAAUCAGGGGUAUCGGGAGAACUCUACAUGCCCUUGGGGUUGUCUGGUUAAAACCUCCAGUGUGGAGCGACCCAAAAAAAACCGGGCCUGGGGUUCGACACCUCGAUCGCUAAACCUGUCCUAGUGUGAGUCACUCUGUCUGAGCUCUAAACCUGUACUAGUGUGAGUUAGUCUGAGCUUUAAACCUGUCCUAGUGUGAGUUAGUCUGAGCUCUAAACCUGUCCUAGUGUGAGUUUCUGCUGAGCUUAACCUUCCUAGUGUAGUCACUCUGUUGAACUCUAACCGUCUAGUGUGAGUAGUCUGAGCUCUAAACCUGUCCUAGUUAUGCUGAGCGCUAAACCUGCCUAGGGUGAGUCACGGGCUGAGCCUAACUGGGGCCUAAUGAGUUACUGUCUGAGCCAACCUGGCUAGGGUACGUCUGAGCCUAACCGGGCUAAUGAGUUACUGCCUGAGCCUAAACCUGGCCUAAUGAGUUACUGUCUGAGCCCUAACCUGGCCUAAUGAGUUACUGUCUGAGCUCUAAACCUGUCCUAAUGAGUUACUGCCUGUCUGCCUGCUUCUUUUAAAGUAGCGUAUUAUAUUCUGCACAACCUAUUGGGAAAGGGGAAUCCAUGUUAACAGAAUUAGAAUGGCAGAACCCUGACUGGCAGCAUUUGAUCAUGAAGUAUCCUCCUCCCAUGCCACAUGUUUCUGUCACCACACACACAUCCUCAUCCUCGUAGGGACCUAAAAUACAUUUAUCUUCUCAAUUCUAUUUUCCCGUAACCACUAACCCCUUACCCUAAUUCUAAGGCCAAUUGUAACCCUAAACUUCUAAGAUUAAAAUAACAUUUGUCCUCAUUGGGACGUGGGAAAUGUCCUCGCGAGGGAGAGUUGUCCUUGUUUUACUAUAUGGGGACUUUGGGGGAUUUUAGGGACCCCCACAAGGAUAGAAGAACCAGCAGACAGACACACAUCACCCCACCGCCUGCUGUCUGACACCUCUUUCUGACUAAUCCCUUUCGGCUCCACAGAUUGGCUAACAAGCAGGAUCGGGACGGGGCAUUGGCCGAGGCAGACAUCAUCGAGAACCUGUCACUGGAGAAGCUGGUGAACGAGAACAAGUGUCUCUGUCAGAUCGUGAGUGAUGCUGUGGUUUGUCUCUCAAUACUUCACCUGCAGUAACCGGAGUACUGUGGGUAUGAGGCUGGACCUUGUUGCAGCUGGUCAAGAUUGUUUAACGUGUUCACACAUUUCUAGUAGCAAAGAGUUCAUCUUUUCUUGGUUUCAACGAUGACCCCCAUAUUGUUCUCUCUUUUGUGAGAAUAGCUGUCUAUAAAAUAUGAGUUAAGAAAUAAAACCCUCUGUGUCUCUGUAGCGGUCUGACUCCCUGUGUGUUUCCAGGAGCCGUGUUCUGCUGUCCUGGGCUAUGGUAAGAAGGGGGACAAGUCCAUCAAGAACGGGCUCAACUGGCUGCUGAACAACAUCGCUAAAGACUACGAAGCCAUCUCUGAACGCGUCCAGAAGGACACGGCCGAACAGAGGGUUCAGGAGGAACAGGAGAAGAAAGCCAGACAGGAGAGAGUACGGAGGAUACGGGAGGAGAGGUGAGGAGGAGAGGAGGAGGAGGAGGAAGCCAGACAGGAGAGAGUAGGAGGAUACGGAGGAGAGGUGAGGAGGGGGAGGAGGAGGAAAGGGGGAAGCCAGACAGGAGAGAGUACGGAGGAUAAAGGGAGGGGAGGUGAGGAGGAGGAGGAGGAGGGGGGGAAGCCAACAAAAGGACGAGGUCGGAGAUACGGGAGGAGGGUGAGGAGGAGGGGAAAGGAGGAGGAAGCAGACAGGAGAGGUACGGAGGAUACGGGAGGGGAGAGGUGGGGGAGGAGGAGGGGAGGAGGAAGAAGCAGACAGGAGAGAGUACGGAGGAUACGGGAGGAGAGGUGGGGGAGGAGGGGGAAGGAGGAGAGGAAGCCAGACAGGAGAGAGUACGGAGGAUACGGGAGGAGAGGUGAGGAGGAGGAGGAGAGGAGGAGGAAGCCAGACAGGAGAAGAGUAGGAGGAUACGGGAGAGGUGAGGAGGAGGAGGAGGAGGAGGAAGCCAGACAGGAGAGAGUACGGAGGAUACGGGAGGAGAGGUGAGGAGGAGGAGGAGGAGGAGGAAGCCAGACAGGAGAGAGUACGGAGGAUACGGGAGGAGAGGUGAGGAGGAGGAGGAACAGGAGAAGAAAGCCAGACAGGAGAGAGUACGGAGGAUACGGGAGGAGAGGUGAGGAGGAGGGAAGAGGAGGAAGCCAGAAAGGAGAGAGUACGGAGGAUACGGGAGGAGAGGUGAGGAGGAGGAGGAGGAAGCCAGACGGAGAGAGUACGGAGGAAAGGCAGGAGAGGUAGGGAGGAGGAGGAGGAGGAGGAGGAAACGCGAGACAGGAGAGAGUACGGAGGAUGACGGGAGGAGAGGUGAGGAUGGAGGAGGAGGAAGGAGGGAAGCCAGGACACGGAGCGCGUACGGAGGAUACGGGAGGAGAGGUGAGGAGGAGGAGGAGGAAGAGAGGGACUUUACUGACUCAUUUUGUUGCAGUAUUAUGUACAUGUUUAAAAUGGUGGUUAAGAAACAUAGCAGGAACAAUACAGUAGAUAAUAGGAGAGAUAUCACUCCUUAGUGAUAGGAACAUUAACCAGCUGAUUAGGAGAGAUAUCAUUCCUUAGUGAUAGGAAUAUUAACCAGCUGAUUAGGAGAGAUAUCCCACCUUAGUGAUAGGAACAUUAACCAGCUGAUUAGGAGAGAUAUCCCUCCUUAGUGAUAGGAACAUUAACCAGCUGAUUAGGAGAGAUAUCACUCCUUAGUGAUAGGAACAUUAACCAGCUGAUUAGGAGAGAUAUCACUCCUUAGUGAUAGGAACAUUAACCAGCUGAUUAGGAGAGAUAUCACUCCUUAGUGAUAGGAACAUUAACCAGCUGAUUAGGAGAUAUAUCACUCCUUAGUGAUAGGAACAUUAACCAGCUGAUUAGGAGAGAUAUCACUCCUUAGUGAUAGGAACAUUAACCAUCUGAUUAGGAGAGAAUCACUCCUUAGUGAUAGGAACAUUAACCAGCUGAUUAGGAGAGAUAUCACUCCUUAGUGAUAGGAACAUUAACCAGCUGAUUAGGAGAGAUAUCACUCCUUAGUGAUAGGAACAUUAACCAUCUGAUUAGGAGAGAUAUCACUCCUUAGUGAUAGGAACAUUAACCAGCUGAUUAGGAGAGAUAUCACUCCUUAGUGAUAGGAACAUUAACAGCUGAUUAGGAGAGAUAUCACUCCUUAGUGAUAGGAACAUUAACCAGCUGAUUAGGGAGAUAUCACUCCUUAGUGAUAGGAACAUUAACCAGCUGAUUAGGAGAGAUAUCACUCCUUAGUGAUAGGAACAUUAACCAGCUGAUUAGGAGAGAUAUCACUCCUUAGUGAUAGGAACAUUAACCAGCUGAUUAGGAGAGAUAUCACUCCUUAGUGAUAGGAACAUUAACCAGCUGAUUAGGAGAGAUAUCACUCCUUAGUGAUAGGAACAUUAACCAGCUGAUUAGGAGAGAUAUCACUCCUUAGUGAUAGGAACAUUAACCAGCUGAUUAGGAGAGAUAUCACUCCUUAGUGAUAGGAACAUUAACCAGCUGAUUAGGAGAGAUAUCACUCCUUAGUGAUAGGAACAUUAACCAGCUGAUUAGGAGAGAUAUCACUCCUUAGUGAUAGGAACAUUAACCAGCUGAUUAGGAGAGAUAUCACUCCUUAGUGAUAGGAAACAUUAACCAGCUGAUUAGGAGAGAUAUCACUCCUUAGUGAUAGGAACAUUAACCAGCUGAUUAGGAGAGAUAUCACUCCUUAGUGAUAGGAACAUUAACCAGCUGAUUAGGAGAGAUAUCACUCCUUAGUGAUAGGAACAUUAACCAGCUGAUUAGGAGAGAUAUCACUCCUUAGUGAUAGGAACAUUAACCAGCUGAUUAGGAGAGAUAUCACUCCUUAGUGAUAGGAACAUUAACCAGCUGAUUAGGAGAGAUAUCACUCCUUAGUGAUAGGAACAUUAACCAGCUGAUUAGGAGAGAUAUCACUCCUUAGUGAUAGGAACAUAACCAGCUGAUUAGGAGAGAUAUCACUCCUUAGUGAUAGGAACAUUAACCAGCUGAUUAGGAGAGAUAUCACUCCUUAGUGAUAGGAACAUUAACCAGCUGAUUAGGAGAGAUAUCACUCCUUAGUGAUAGGAACAUUAACCAGCUGAUUAGGAGAGAUAUCACUCCUUAGUGAUAGGAACAUUAACCAGCUGAUUCGGAGAGAUAUCACUCCUUAGUGAUAGGCACAUUAACCAGCUGAAUUAGGAGAGAUAUCACUCCUUAGUGAUAGGAACAUUAACCAGCUGAUUAGGAGAGAUAUCACUCCUUAGUGAUAGGAACAUUAACCAGCUGAUUAGGAGAGAAUAUCACUCCUUAGUGAUAGGAACAUUAACCAGCUGAUUAGGAGAGAUAUCACUCCUUAGUGAUAGGAACAUUAACCAGCUGAUUAGGAGAGAUAUCACUCCUUAGUGAUAGGAAUAUUAACCAGCUGAUUAGGAGAGAUAUCACUCCUUAGUGAUAGGAACAUUAACCAGCUGAUUAGGAGAGAUAUCACUCCUUAGUGAUAGGAACAUUAACCAGCUGAUUAGGAGAGAUAUCACUCCUUAGUGAUAGGAACAUUAACCAGCUGAUUAGAAGAGAUAUCACUCCUUAGUGAUAGGAACAUUAACCAGCUGAUUAGGAGAGAUAUCACUCCUUAGUGAUAGGAACAUUAACCAGCUGAUUAGGAGAGAUAUCACUCCUUAGUGAUAGGAACAUUAACCAGCUGAUUAGGAGAGAUAUCACUCCUUAGUGAUAGGAACAUUAACCAGCUGAUUAGGAGAGAUAUCACUCCUUAGUGAUAGGAACAUUAACCAGCUGAUGAUCUCCUCCUGAUUUUCCUGUGGGGGGGGGCUGCCCGCCCUAUACCCUAUACCCAAAGGGGAGUAGUUCAAAGUCCAGGUACAGGGGGUGGCUUGGGUCUGACCUGACCUUAAAGAUCUCCUCAAGCGUGUCUGAGUCCAAGUACCUUGCUGGCUGUAGAGGAGGCUGGAGGGAAGAGAGGAGGAGGAGGAGGAGGAGGGGGAGUAAGAGGAGGAGGAGGGGGGGAGGAAGAGGAGGAGGAGGAGGAGGAGGGGGGGGGAGGGAGGGGGUUAAAGAGGAUAUGCAGAAACCACAAAAGGUUUAAGACACUAAUCAGAGAAUGUAUUCCAACUAGGGCUGUCAAAGAUAACGUGUAAUAACGCUCCCACGUGUUUAUUGCUGUAAAAUGGUUUGACGCCGUUAAUCACGUCUCCAUUUCUUCACUGCACCGAACAUUUUAAGCGCACGUGUUUCCGCACUGACCUUUUUUUUCAAGCGCAGAACACAACACUGAAAAUAGCAAAAGUAAAUGCUUACACCAUUUACAUCGCUGGAGACCGUGCGCCUCUCUACAAAAUCAUGUCAACGAAAUGCUCCCUAAUUACCGGAGCUAUGUGUUUUUUUCUUUCUGCCGCGGGAUGGCCGUUUUGAACUACUCGCGAGACGCUGUUUUUUGUUUUCUUAACAAACGCCAUUGUCUAGCUAGUCAUGUUACCUAGCUAGCAACCUGAUAACUUGACCACUGACCAGGCGAUGCACACAUUUGGAUGACACAGGAAGAACUGAAAAGGGAAUCGGCUACGCAAACAUUCUUCCCAGGUAGUCUGCAUGUGCUAGAGCGGGCUGUGUGAGAACGGGAGGAAAGAGAAGGAACUCACCAGAUGCCGUCGGAGCUCCAAAAGAAAAGUGGAUAAUGACAACGUGUGGAUUUGUUUUGUGUGACGAUAGAAUGCAGAAGCAGACAGGGUGUAGUUGAGCAAGGCGUCAAAGCGGACAACCCACUCGCCUGGCUUCGGCUGGGUCACUAUAACUCAAAACAAUGCCUUCUAAAAUGAGAGAUUCCUUCCCUUACAAAGUAUGCCUGUAACUCAAUGCACUGCUUUUUAAAUGAAAAAAAAUAUUUAUUCAGGGCUAAAUUUGAGCAAAUUCAAAAAUUGCGAUUAACAAAUGCCGUUAACUCGAUUUUAAUUAUUUUAAUCUUUUUUUGACAGUCCUAAUUUUAACUCAAAUCUGGAGGUCAGGAGUUACUGUCAUUGUCUCAGCAAAAGCAAUUAUCCUCGAGAGAUCUCCCCCAGGACACAGGGUGUAAGAUAUAGGGGCUCCGUGUUUGAUCUCCACCAGGACACAGGGUGUAAGAUAUAGGGGGGUCAGUGUUUGAUCUCCCCAGGACACGGGUGUAGAGAUUAGGGGGUCCGUGUUUGAUCUCACCAGGACACAGGUGUUAAGUUGUAAGAUAUAGUGGUCCGUGUUUUGAUCUCCCCCAGGAACAGGGUGUAAGAUAUAGGAGGGUCAGUGUGUUGAUCCCCCCCAGGACACAGGGUUGUAGAUAUAGGGGGGGUCAGUGUUUGAUCUCCACCAGGACACAGGGUGUAAGAUAUAGGGGGUCAGUGUUUGAUCUCCCCCAGGACACAGGGGUUGUAAUAUAUAGUGGUCCGUGUUUGAUCUCCACCAGGACACAGGGUGUGAGAUAUAGGGGGUCCGUGUUUGAUCUCCCCAAGGACACAGGUGUAAGAUAUAGGAGGGUCAGUGUUUGAUCUCCCCCAGGACACAGGGUGUAAGAUAUAGGGGGUCAGUGUUUGAUCUCCACCAGGACACAGGGUGUAAGAUAUAGGGGGUCAGUGUUUGAUCUCCACCAGGACACAGGGUGUGAAUAUAAGGGGGUCCAGUGUUUGAUCUCCCCCAGGACACAGGGUGUGAAGUAUAGGGGGUCAGUGUUUGAUCUCCCCAGGACACAGGGUGUAAGAUCUAGGGUGUCAGUGUUUGAUCUCCACCAGGACACAGGUGUAGAUUAGGGGGUCUGUUUGAUCUCCCCAGGACACAGGGUGUGAGAUAGGGGGUCAGUGUUUGAUCUCCCCCAGGACACAGGGUGUAAGAUAUAGGGGGUCAGUGUUUGAUCUCCCCAGGACACAGGGUGUAAGAUAUAGGGGGGUCCGUGUUUGAUCUCCCCCAGGACACAGGGUGUAAGAUAUAGGGGGUCAGUGUUUGAUCUCCCCCAGGACACAGGGUGUAAGAUAUAGGGGGUCCGUGUUUUGAUUGUGAAGUGAACUGCUGAAUGUCCCUCGUCUCCCUGGUCCCAGAGACCGUCAGGAGAAGGAGGAGGCGGAGAGGGAGGGCCGGACUCUACAGGAGGAGGAGACAGACGACGACGCCAUACCCAGCCCCUUCCAGCCAAUAGGCAACGUCAUCAACGAGGUGUGGAAUACACUGGGCCAAUCAGCAUCACUUUUUGUUGAUUUUGAUUUGUUUGAGCUCGGACCAAUGCGUCUGAAAUGGCACCCUAUUCCCUAUAUAGUGCACUAGUUUUGACCAGAGCUCUGUGUAGUUGUAGUGUACCCUUUAGGGAAUAGGGUACCAUUUGAGCUGCACAGUGGUCAGUAAAUGGGUUGUGUGUUCUAGCUGUAUUAAUGUGUGUAUACCAUGGGGGUUCCAUCCAUGCAGAAUGAAGAGCGGCUGAAGAAUACACAGAGAGGAGGACAGGAGGGUGCUGCCAACGAUGCUGGCGAAGGAGGUCAGGAGGAGGAGGAAGAGGAGGAAGAGGAGGGUGAGAGACAGACUCCGGAGAGCGGUGCAGCGUCAGCCUCAGUGGACCAGACUAAGAAGAAGACUGGUAAACUGAGAUUAAAGAGGAAACACAAAGUGGACCCGCUGAGGACGGACGAGACGGCAGCCCCCGAGAGCUCCAAACCUCCACCCCUACCUGGUGAGAGACACACACACACACACGCAUACACACACAAGCCACACACACGCACACACAGACACACAGACACACACACAGCCACACAGACACACACACACACAGACACACACACGCAGCCACACACACAGCCACACAGACACACACACACACAGCCAGACACACACAGCCACACACACACACAGCCACAGCCACACAGACACACACACACACAGCCACACACACACAGCCACACACACACACAGCCACACACACACACACAUUGUCUUUUAGCAUUUCAAUGAGACCUGACCUUUUCCCUUUUAAGCCCUCCAUAGGCGUGGCAGACCAAUGACUGGGCUGGAACACAGUUUCAUCAGUAUUAAUGAACAUGUUGAAUCUUUAUUUAGUUGUUUAUUUGUUUGUUUGUUUUAGUGGGAUGGGCUUCUCCUAAUAAUCUAUUUAGUUGUUGUUUUAGUGGGAUGGGCUUCUCCUUAUAAUCUAUUUAGUUGUUGUUUUAGUGGGAUGGGCUUCUCCUAAUAAUCUAUUUAGUUGUUGUUGUUUUAGUGGGAUGGGCUUCUCCUAAUAAUCUUUUUAAAUUUGGUUGUUGUUUUAGGGGGAUGGCUUCUCCUAAUAAUCUAUUUAGUUGUUGUUGUUUUAGUGGGAGGGGCUUCUCCUAAUAAUCUAUUUAGUUGUGUUGUUUUUAUUUGGGAUGGGUUUCUCCAAAUCUUUUAGUUGUGUUGUUUUAGUGGAUGGGCUUCUCCUAAAAAUCUAUUUUAGUUGUUGUUGUUUUAGUGGGAUGGGCUUCUCCUUAUAUCUAUUUAUUUGUUGUUUUAGUGGAUGGGCCUUCUCCAAUAAUCUAUUUAGUUUGUUGUUUUUUAGUGGGAUGGGCUUCUCCUAAAAAUCUAUUUAGUUGUUUUUUAGUGGGUUUGGGCUACUCCUAAUAAUCUAUUAGUUGUUGUUUUAGUGGGAUGGGCUUUUCCUUAUAAUCUAUUUAGUUGUUUUUUGUUUUAGUGGGAUGGGCUUCUCCUAAUAAUCUUUUAGUUGUUGUUUUGUGGGAUGGGCUUCUCCAAAAUAAUUAUUUAGUUGUUGUUUAGUGGGAUGGGCUUCUCCUAAUAAUCUAUUUAGUGUUGUUUUAGUGGGAUGGGCUUCUCCUAAUAAUCUAUUUGGGUUGUUGUUUAGUGGGAUGGGCUACUCCAAAUAAUCUAUUUAGUUGUUGUUUUAGGGGAUGGGCUUCUCCUUAUAAUCUAUUUAGUUUUUGUUGUUUUUUAGUGGGAUGGGCUUCUCCUAAUAAUCUAUUUAGUUGUUGUUUUAAGUGGGAUUGGGCUUUCUCCCUAAUAAUCUAUUUAGGUUGUUGUUUUAGGUGUGGAUUGGGCUUCUCCUAAUAAUCUAUUUAGUUGUUGGUUUUAGUUGGGAUGGGCUUCCUCCUACUAAUCUAUUUAGGGUUGUUGUUUGUUUUAGUGGGGAUGGGCUUCUCCUAAUAAUCUAUUUAGUUGUUGUUGUUUUAGUGGGACUGGGUCUUCUCCUAAUAAUCUAUUUAGUUGUUGGGUUUGUAGUGGGAUGGGCUUCUCCUAAUAAUCUAUUUAGUUGUUUGUUUUAGUUGGGAUGGGCUUCUCCUAACUAAUCUAUUUAGUUGUUUGUUUUAGUUGGGAUGGGCUCUCCUAAUAAUCUAUUUAGUUGGUUGUUUUCAGUGGGAUGGGCUACUCCUAAUAAAUACUAUUAGUUGUUGUUUUAGUGGGAUGGUCUUCUCCUAUUCCAUAAUCCUAUUUAGUUGGUUGUUUUAGUGGGAUGGGCUUCUCCUAAUAAUCUAUUUAGUUGGUUGGUUUUAGGGAUGGGCUUCUCCUAAAAACUUUUUUAUUGGGUUGUUGUUUAGUGGGAUGGGCUUCUCCUAAUAUCUAUUUAGUUGUUGUUUUAGUGGGAUGGGCUUCUCCUAAUAAUCUAUUUGGGUGUUGUUUUAGUGGGAUGGGCUUCUCCUAAAAUCUAUUUAAGGUUGUUGUUUUUAGUGGGAUGGGCUUCUCCUAAUAUCUAUUUAGUUUUGUUUUAGGGGGAUGGGCUACUCCUAAUAAUCAUUUUAGUUGUUGUUUUAGUGGGAGGGGCCCCUUCUCCUAAUAUCUAUUUAGUUUGUUGUUUUUGUGGAGGGGCUUCUCCUUAUAAUCUAUUUAGUUUUGUUUGUUUUAGUGGGAUGGGCUUCUCCUAAAAAUCUAUUUAGUUUGUUGUUUGUUUUAGUGGGAGGGGCUUUCCCUAAAAAUCUAUUUAGUUUGUUUUAGUGGGAGGGGCUUCUCCUAAAAAUCUAUUUGGGUUGUUUUUUUUUAGUGGGAUGGGCUUCUCCUAAUAAUCUAUUUAGUUGUUGUUUUAGUGGGAUGGGCUUCUCCUAAUAAUCUAUUUAGUUGUUGUUUUAGUGGGAUGGGCUUCUCCUAAUAAUCUAUUUAGUUGUUGUUGUUUUAGUGGGAUGGGCUUCUCCUAAUAAUCUAUUUAGUUGUUGUUGUUUUAGUGGGAUGGGCUUCUCCUAAUAAUCUAUUUAGUUGUUGUUGUUUUAGUGGGAUGGGCUUCUCCUAAUAAUCUAUUUAGUUGUUGUUGUUUUAGUGGGAUGGGCUUCUCCUAAUAAUCUAUUUAGUUGUUGUUGUUUUAGUGGGAUGGGCUUCUCCUAAUAAUCUUUUUAGUUGUUGUUGUUUAGUGGGAUGGGCUUCUCCUAAUAAUCUAUUUAGUUGUUGUUGUUUUAGUGGGAUGGGCUUCUCCUAAUAAUCUAUUUAGUUGUUGUUUUAGUGGGAUGGGCUUCUCCUAAUAAUCUAUUUAGUUGUUGUUUUAGUGGGAUGGGCUUCUCCUAAUAAUCUAUUUAGUUGUUGUUGUUUUAGUGGGAUGGGCUUCUCCUAAUAAUCUAUUUAGUGUUGUUGUUUUAGUGGGAUGGGUCUCCUAAUAUCUAUUUAGUUGUUGUGUUUUUAGUGGGAUUGGGCUUCUCCUAAUAAUCUAUUUAGUUGAUUGUUGUUUUAGUGGGAUGGGCUUCUCCUAAUAAUCUAUUUAGUUGUUUGUUUGUUUUAGUGGGAUGGCUUCUCCUAAUAAUCUAUUUAGUUGUUGUUUUUAGUGGGAUGGGCUUCUCCUAAUAAUCUAUUUAGUUGUUGUUUUUCAGUGGGAUGGGCUUCUCCUAAUAAUCUAUUUAGUUGUUGUGUUUAGUGGGAUGGGCUUCUCCUAAUAAUCUAUUAGUUGUUGUUUUAGUGGGAUGGCUCCUAAUAAUUAAGUUAGUGGUUUAGGAUGGGCUUCUCCUAAUAAUCUAUUUAGUUGUUGUUGUUUUAGUGGGAUGGGCUUCUCCUAAUAAUCUAUUUAGUUGUUGUUUUAGUGGGAUGGGCUUUACUCCUAAUAAUCUAUUUAGUUGUUGUUGUUUUAGUGGGAUGGGCUUCUCCUAAUAAUCUAUUUAGUUGUUGUUGUUUUAGUGGGAUGAGGCUUCUCCUAUAAUCUAUUUAGUUGUGUUGUUUUAGUGGGAUGGGCUUCUCCAUAAUAAUCUAUUUAGUUGUUGUUUUUAGUGGGAUGGGCUACUCCUAAUAAUCUAUUUAGUUGUUGUUGUUUUAGUGGGAUGGGCUACUCCUAAUAAAUCUAUUAGUUGUUGUGUUUAGUGGGAUGGGCUUCUCCUAAUAAUCUAUUUUGUUGUUGUUGUUUUAGUGGGAUGGGCUUCUCCUAAUAAUCUAUUUUGUUGUUGUUGUUUUAGUGGGAUGGGCCACUCCCAAAAUGUCUAGGCUUCCCAAGCUGGAGCCUCUUGGGGAUAGGAGCCGAUCUGGUAAUGAUGUUUAAAGUGACUGUCUAGCCUUGUCAUCUGACUAACUCCAACACCACUCCACUCCUGUAUGUUAACCACUAACUACUGUAUUUUCCGCACUAUAAGGCGCACCGGAUUAUAAAGCGCACCUUCAAUGAAUGGCCUAUUUUAGAACUGUUUUCAUAUAUAGGGCGCACCGGAUUAUAAGGCGCAUAGAAUAGAAGAGACUGCAGUCAAACGUUUGACUGGGGUUGCGUUAUGCAUCCACUAGAUGGAGCUGUGCUAAAGGGAAUGUCAACAAAACAGUCAGAUAAAGUCUUAACUUUAUUAAACGGUCUGACAACUCCGUUCACUCCCAUGGUAACGUUGUUCAAACGUUAAUGUGCAUAUUAACAAUAUCUCCCAGCCUUGCUCACUCUUCUCCCAAACGUGGAGGGGAACUUUUCCCCGAUUCAGUAUACACGUAGUAAAAGAAACAGUCUGAUACCACUAAAUCAAACGUUAGUGCAUAACUCAACAUUGUUCAGUUACAUAUAACACGUAAAGCUCACUUUUUCAGUUCAUUCCCCGUCCACGAAUCCCUCGAAUUCUUCAUUCUUCUUAUUAUUAAAUUGUUUUUAUUGGUUUUUCAUACUGAAACAUUUUGACAGAGCGCCUUGAGCGCCGUGUACAACCAGUAUGGAUCAACCAAUUAACCAAUUGAUCCAUAUAUAAGGCGCUCCGGAUUAUAAGGCGCACUGUCGUUUUUUGAGAAAAUUAAAGGCUUUUAAGUGCGCCUUAUAGUGCGGAAAAUACGGUAACUACUAACUAACCCAUCUGUCUGUACUUAAUAUUUCAGCCAUUCCUGACUCCAUUUCCUCUCUCUGUCUACAGAGCAUGUUUAACAACACUGACUCCAUUUCCUCUCUGUCUACAGAGCAUGUUUAACAACACUGACUCCAUUUCCUCUCUCUGUCUACAGAGUAUGUUUAACAACACUGACUCCAUUUCCUCUCUCUGUCUACAGAGCAUGUUUAACAACACUGACUCCAUUUCCUAUCUCUGUCUACAGAGCAUGUUUAACAACACUGACUCCAUUUCCUCUCUCUGUCUACAGAGCAUGUUUAACAACACUGACUCCAUUUCCUCUCUGUCUACAGAGCAUGUUUAACAACACUGACUCCAUUUCCUCUCUCUCUGUCUACAGAGUAUGUUUAACAACACUGACUCCAUUUCCUCUCUCUAUGUCUACAGAGCAUGUUUAACAACACUGACUCCAUUUCCUCUCUCUCUGUCUACAGAGCAUGUUUAACAACACUGACUCCAUUUCCUCUCUCUAUGUCUACAGAGCAUGUUUAACAACACUGACUCCAUUUCCUCUCUCUAUGUCUACAGAGCAUGUUUAACAACACUGACUCCAUUUCCUCUCUCUCUGUCUACAGAGCAUGUUUAACAACACUGACUCCAUUUCCUCUCUCUGUCUACAGAGCAUGUUUAACAACACUGACUCCAUUUCCUCUCUCUGUCUACAGAGCAUGUUUAACAACACUGACUCCAUUUCCUCUCUCUGUCUACAGAGCAUGUUUAACAACACUGACUCCAUUUCCUCUCUCUCUAUGUCUACAGAGCAUGUUUAACAACACUGACUCCAUUUCCUCUCUCUAUGUCUACAGAGCAUGUUUAACAACACUGACUCCAUUUCCUACAUGCAUCCUACCUGCCACCUGUGUCCCUUUAUUCAAGGGAUCUUACGUCGUUGAAGUCGUCUUGAUGUAUGUACUGUGUACAGUUGAUCAUGUUAAUAUUGUUUAGGAAGUACACAUAACAGAUUUCUGACAUGCUUGGUUUGAUUUCAGGUAACAGAAACCAGUAGCCGGCCUUACAUAGAUGGAGCUAAUUUAGUCCUGUCUCCCUCUUCCUCUCCCUCCUCCUCUCUCUCUUUCAGAGUUCUUCGGCAAGCCCCUCCCUCCUGUGGCCAACCGUCAACAACGACCUAACAGCGACACUCAUGAUGUCAUAUCCUAG